ACAGAUACAGAUAUAUCCUGCCUUAUAAAACUUGAAACAGACAUUUUGCAUUUAUGUCGCUUGGGUUUUAGAAAGAGACGCUACUUGAUAAGGUAGCAUUGGUGACGCCUUGGCCAAAAAUCAUUUUUGGUAUUAAAAAAACCUCAUCAACAAUGAACACAAGCAUGCUGUGACGUCAUACUGUCGUCAUCGUGGGAAGUACCCUUCAGUCGAGGUUAACAAACACCAGUACGGCCUUCGCGUAAUUAUUAUGGCGGAUCUAUAUGCCAAGUACACGUGUACUUAUUGCCAAGAAGACAUCACUGGUCUUCGGGUCAAAUGUGUUGAAUGUCAAUAUUUUGAUUUAUGUUUACAGUGUUUUUCGGCUGGCGCUGAAAUCGGACAGCAUAAAAAUGAUCACUCUUAUCAAUUUAUGGAUUCUGGAACAAUUAGCAUUUUUAAUGGUAGCAGAGGUAAUUGGACGGCGCGGGAACACUUGAGAUUACUUGAUGCUAUUGAACAAUUUGGUUUUGGCAAUUGGGAAGACAUAAGUAAACACAUUGAAACUCGUACACCUGAAGAGGCAAAAGAGCAGUACAUUGCCAGGUAUCUCGAAGGCAAUAUCGGGAAAUACACAUGGCCGCCAAGGCAAAGACGUUCAUCUUCCUCAUCAUCUACCUCAGAAUGUUACACUCCAAAUUUAACCGACCAAACCACCAGCGCCGAUCACGGGCCGCUGUCACCUGACCUGACAUCAAAAUUACCCCCGCUGGACAUAACUCCCGAGGAGGCUCAGCAACUUGGGUAUAUGCCUCAGCGAGACGACUUUGAACGUGACUACAAUCACGAGGCCGAGUCUCUCGUUUCCUCGCUCUUCCUCAACCCCGCCGAGGACGAUGACUUAGACAUAGCAUUAAAGUUAGCUCAUGUAGAUAUGUAUACUAAUAAUUUAAGAGAACGCGCGAGAAGAAAAAGAGUCGUACGUGAUUAUCAACUUGUAUCUAAUUUUUUUUUAUCUUCACGUCGAGGUGAUAAUGCUAGUGUCAAUAGUAAUAGUAUCACAAGUAGCAAUAAAGGAAUUAAAAAAAGACAAACUAAAGAAGAAAAAGAUUUUAGAGAAAGGAUGCGAAUAUUCGCCCAAUUCUACACUGCGCAAGAGCACGAACAAUUCUUAACAAAUUUAGAAAAAGAACGUGAUCUACGAUUGCGAUUAUCAGAACUGUAUCGCUAUAGAGAAAAUGGAAUCACGAGGCACGAAGAAUGUGCUCACUUUGAACAAGUUAUGGCUGUACAAAAUUCAAGUGAAAUAGCAAAUAGUGAUCAUUGGAUAGACAAAAAAUCUGGCAGCAGUGGGCCCACGUCGUCCACGCCAAUGCACCGGCACACCUCAAAAAAAAAAGACGAAGAAAAAAAUUGCUCUUCCAUCGGCCGAAAAUUCACUACAAAAGCCAGCAGCACCAGCAACAGCACCGUCGAAUCCGCGCAAAACAACAGCAGCGGCGGCAGCAGCUUUACAACUGCCAACAACAGCAGCAGCCAAAGUCGGACGACGACUCCAGUCAAUCAGUCGGGGACGGGAGCAGCGGAGCUUGAUGGGGUUUCACCAGCUAGCCAUCACCAGGGGAGUACUUCAUUGGCUAAACAAAAAUCAUCGGUUCACAAUGGCGGUGUAACUCAACAACAAACUACCUGUACAAAGCCAAUGAAAAAUUUAGAUUUACAACCAAACAACAUAGACUUGGAAGCUGCGGCUCAUCUUUUAACGCAACAAGAAAAAACUCUUUGUCUUCAAUUGGAUUUAAAACCAACGCAAUAUUUAACCCAGAAAGCUUUAAUUAUUCAAGAAUAUUUAAGUAGUGGCAGUGGCGGUCGACGAUCGAAUUUUAUGGCUCACUCGGAACCGGAGAAUAAAAUUCUUCAUUAUCUCGUAUCGAAUGGGUGGAUUGCAGCAGCCACUUAAUAGUCCAUCCCAGUGUAUUACUACAUCAUUGGGUAAAACAAAAAGAAGAAAACCAUCAACAACAAUAAUAACAAUAAUAAUAAUAAUAAAAUUCUCUUCCUUGCUUGUUAUUAUUUUAUUGCUCCACAUUAUAAUAUAUUAAAAGUCUUAUUCGAGUGUAAUAAUAAACAUAAUUAUUGGCCAUGCCGUAUGGCGGAUAGAUUAAAAUCUCAAUAAUCAUCGUCAUCAUCAUCAUCUUCAUUAUUAUUAUUAUCAUCACUCGAGCUGUGCGCAUGUAAUACAUGUGUGCGUGUGUGUGUGUGCGUGCGUGGCUUAAAUAAUAAAAUGUUUUUAUUGUUUAAAUGUCGUAUAACUUUAUAAGUUUACAAGUCAUUUAUGAGUUUUGUAUAUUUUUUUCUCGUAUGGCUUAAACGGUCCCCCGUAUCGUCAUCAAUUAUGAUGAAGCCGUUAGUGCAGCCAUUGCUACUACUGAUGGACAUUAUUGCGCUCAUUUUUAUUUUAUUUACAUACCCGCGUAUAUAAAUAUUAUAUGUAUAUGUAUGUAUGAAUAAAUAAAAAUAAAGAUAAAAUUUAAGGACGAAAAAUAAAAACAUAUCGUAUAGAAAAAAAGAAAAAAAA